UUUUUCGAUUCACAAAAGAAUGACUCUAAUGAGUCGGUUCAUUUAAAUGAAUCAAAAACACUUAUGAAUCAAGAACGGUUAUAAAUUAAUCUGUCAGAAUGUCAUGUCCAACUGGAAAUGAACCAAUAUUUUUCGUUAAAUCGCACGAAUCUUAUAUAGCCAACUUAAAUAGUUACUGACUGGUUGUUCAUAGUUUUUGUUUGGUUGUAAUCAGUGAUAUUUUAAUUUAUAUAAAUAUGUAAUGAAUUAAUAAUUAAAAUGUAACCACAAUUAAUGACAAAAGAACUGUAUUAAACUGACUCCUAAUUUGUAACAUCCAAGUUUUCCCCCAAAAGUAUUUCUUGUAGCUAUUCUUCUAGUACAAAAAGUACUAAAAUAGUUAAAAACAACAAGAAUAGGAACAAUAACUUAUGAUAAAUUAUUUACGAUUCUGAACGAGAACGAAUUAGCAUAACAAAGUAAUUCAUUAUUCAAUUCCUCAAGUACUUCACACCCUGUUUAUCUGUCUGAAAUACCGUAUCUGUCUGUUAGCCUGAAAAGAAUCACAUUAGCAUUAGGCCUACUCCUCCUUUUUCCCCGGCGCACAGCAAUUACGUGUAAACUACCAGUCCCAUGAUCCCCGGCGUCGUCAGGCAGGAAGAACGUGUUAGCAGGGGCUCACUCACACUGAUCCAAGUUAGGAGCUUUCAGCUGCUGGCCUUGGCCCAUCAUGUAAGUGCCUGCCGAGGUUUCUUUGCAGAGCGGUUGCAGAAAUCUCCCCGUUUUCGUUGCGUGCAAUUGAACAGCCAGCCUUUGCACGGAGAACAAGUUACCCGACGCCCAAAGGCUCCGAGUGCAUGAAGAUCGGGGCUUGUAUUUUGCACCUUUGUUGCAAGCAAGCCCGCUUGAAGCCUCACUGCGAGGGAUAGAUGGAAGGAGGGAGCGACAAGGAAGGCAAAGUCUUUUGUGCUUCCCCUUCCCCCAACCCAAAAGGGGAGAUGUCCGUGCCAAAAGGAGGUAAAAAGAAGCCACCACUCAAGCUUCCAAAAGAGGUGUUUGAGAAAACCCCACCUGCUCCUACACCCCCGAGAGACCUGGACUCAAAAGCCUGUGUUACUAUUGGAGAUAAGAACUUUGUGGUGAAGGCAGAUGAUUUGGAGCAGAUCGGAGAGUUGGGGCGAGGGGCAUAUGGAGUGGUGGACAAGAUGAGACACGUCCCCAGUGGCGUAAUAAUGGCAGUAAAGCGGAUUCGAGCCACAGUAAACACGCAGGAGCAGAAACGGCUGCUAAUGGAUCUGGAUAUCUCAAUGAGAACAGUCGACUGCUUUUACACUGUUACCUUCUAUGGAGCCUUGUUUAGAGAGGGUGAUGUGUGGAUCUGCAUGGAGCUGAUGGACACCUCUCUGGAUAAGUUCUAUAAGCAGGUGCAUGAGAAGGGCAUGACCAUCCCAGAGGACAUCCUGGGCAAGAUCACAGUCUCUAUCGUAAAAGCAUUGGAGCAUCUCCACAGCAACCUGUCAGUGAUACACAGAGAUGUGAAACCCUCUAACGUCCUGAUAAACAUGCAGGGUCAGGUGAAAAUGUGUGAUUUUGGCAUCAGUGGGUACCUUGUGGAUUCAGUGGCGAAGACAAUGGAUGCCGGCUGCAAGCCAUACAUGGCGCCUGAGAGAAUCAACCCAGAGACCAAUCAGAAAGGCUACAAUGUCAAGUCUGAUAUCUGGAGUUUAGGAAUCACAAUGAUCGAGCUGGCCAUUCUGCGGUUUCCAUAUGACUCAUGGGGAACGCCGUUUCAGCAGCUCAAGCAGGUGGUGGAAGAGCCGUCGCCCCAGCUGCCUGCUGACCGCUUCUCAGCUGAGUUUGUGGACUUCACGUCACAGUGCUUAAGGAAGAAUUCCAAAGAGCGGCCAACUUACACAGAACUAAUGCAACAUCCCUUUUUCACCAUCCAUGACUCCAAAGACACCGACGUCGCUAGCUUUGUGAAGAGCAUCCUUGGGGACUGAGAUUGUCCCUCUCGGCAAAACUGACGUGUUGCCGCGGGGGGGAGACGGGACUAUUUCAGAAAAAGCACCAAUAGCAAGACUAACACCUGUAAGACACGCCCACCUCAGCAGCCAGCAGUGCACAGGCACUCAGGAGGAUCUGGGGGGGAGGGGGGGAACAACACCAAAACUGAGGGUGGGUGGGGCGUUUCCUAGCAACACAAGGAGUAGGGCAUGGGACGGGAAUCUCGGCGCGUGUGUGCAUGCAUGUGUGGGUGGGUGGGUGUGUGAGAACGAGAGCGUUUGUGUGUGUGUGUGUGUGUGUGUGUGUGUGUGUGUGUGUGUGUGUGUGUGUGUGUGUGUGUGAAUUCUUUGCCUGCAUGUAUGUGCAUACAUGUGCAUUAAAAGGUUUUACAGUCCCAAGUCAAACUUCAUCUAUUGUUCAAUCCCAGUCCUCCUCCAGCUUUACCUCUCAAUCCAAAAAGAAAAAAAGUUUUAGCAUCAGGUGAGUCUGUUAUAGAUGUAUGUUGAGUUUCCCCAGUGGCACUUCAUUGUAAUUCUCAAAGUAUUCAGCAAUGUUAUCCACCCCCACGACAUCCGGUUCUUCAAAAAAAAUAUAUUAAAAAAAAUUAAAAGAAAAAAAGAGAGAGUGGUAUAGAUAUAUUUAUCUAUUAUCUAGAUAUGUAUAUAUACUCAAAAAUAUUUCUUGAAUUUGUUAAAUAAGUACAUGAGGAUAAUAUUGUGUUGGCUGUAAGGAGUGAUGGUUAUUAAAGUGUAUGAAUGGAGCAUCUUUCUUUUUUCCUGGAUUUGCACAGACUUGUUGGUGCAUCUGUCACUGAAGGCUAAUCUUUUAUCAGUUUAUGAAUGCUGUCUCAGACGUUAAUGGCCAGAAGUGAAAAGCCUGCAGUGGUUGGUAGCAAACACUGCUUUUCACAUACCCUCCAUGAACUGUGUGUGUGUGUGACUAAAUGGGUGUACGCUUGUGUGUGCUUUAUAUGCUAUUCGUCUAUACCAAGGUAAUUUUGGGCAAAAGGUUUCUAAGUCUGUUGGCUACAUCUAGACCUCUCUGUUCUGAGCCAAUCAAAUAAUUCUCACUCGUUUCAAUUGCAAUCCAACUGGAAAUUAUAUUAUUAUUUUUAUUAUUAUUAUUAUUAUACACAAUGCAUAUGUAUUAACAGUAAUGAGGUGUUCUGCAGUUUCUCUCUGUGUUGUAACUGCUGUUUUUCUCAUUGGAAACUUGACAAUUUCUUUUUAAUUUUAAGGUGGUGUGCAGCGUGUGGUCAUUAAAGUGAGAGAGAGUGUGUGUGUGUGUGUGUGUGUGUGUGUGUGUGUGUGUGUGUGCGCGCAUGUGAGCAUUAUAUAAAAGUCUGAACACACGUAGCUGACACUUCUUUCAAAGCCUCACUGUGACUCGGAAGCCUGAUUUUGUGCCUCUCUAUAGAUAAAAAGCAAAAAAAAAACAAAAAAAAAAACACACACCAACAUUAAGACAAACUACAAAACCCACGCUGCUUUGUCACUAAGACGUGCUUUGCUUUCCACAUGCUUCAGAUAGUGAAGGGAGUCUGUUGCUUUGCUUUCUGGGCUUCUGGUUUUAUUCUCAUAUAAUUUCUGUAAGGUGGAGAUGAUGAUGAAUGUGUGCGAGUUUGUGUGUUUGUGUGUGUGUGUGUGUGUGUGUGGUUUUUUUUUUUUUUUUUUUUGGUUUGUUUUUUUUGUCUUGUGACCACUGUAUACAGAAUGGAUAACACUGCUGAUUUGCCUGUAAUCGUUAUAUUGUUUGAUUCAAACAUAAAAGUUCUCUUAUA